GCGCGCGCUGCAAGCCAGACGCCGUGCUCAAGGCAGUCGCGCUUGAUCAAUGGGUACACUGGCAGCAGCGCAUCCUGCGUCAACACCCCGCCGACGUGGACGACAUCAGGUCCUCCUCCGACCAGGCCCUGGUUCGGGAUCGCGCCGGGUAUGCCGCCUUCAUCGCCGCUCUACAUCGCUGGGGCUUGGUCACGCUUGGCAAGAGGCGCAUCCGCACUGCGGGGGUAUUUUUCGUUUGGAAGUCUGACAAAGAGCGGCUCGUAAUGAUUUUGAAAACCCCACGGGUGAACUCACGGUUUGUCGAGCCAGCGCGCACCCAGUUGGUUACCGCGUCUGUUUGGAGCAUCAUUAAGGUCGGCGGCGGCGCCGAGCUCAACCAUGCCCAGGCCGACAUGGACAACGCUUUCUACUGGAUCGAGUCGGUCCUGGGCAUGUGCGACCACGUCGCGCUGCCGGCCGUGCACAGGGAGUCUUUGAUCCAGGCGCUGGGCGUGGACGGCUGGGACCUUCCAGCUG